AUGUUGCAGUGCGAUGGUCAAGCAAUCUCGUUUCCAGUCUCCCCAGUAAUUGUGGCGGACGGCAUUUCGAAGAAAAGGGUCAUUGACCAUGUUGUUUUAUCGGAACUUGCUUUGUUCCGUCGACCGUUGAAAAUCGUUAGCCUUGGUUCUUCGGCCUGGGCUCAGAGAUAUCGGAUUGAUGUCGAGGCCCAGGAACAGACAGAUAGCUAUUUCAUGAAGAUAUCAUUUGGGGAUCAUGGCAGGGAAGCCCUCAAGGGAGAAUUCGAGGCUACUUUGGCAAUCCACAGCAUAGUUGGAAGCUUCACUCCCAGGCCAAUCAAAUGGGGAUCCUUCAGUGCUCUUUCAGGAGCACAUUAUUAUCUCUGUCGUUUCUACAAAUUUGCGGAACAUGCCCCUAAACCAGCAGAGUUCUGCCAGAAGGUCGCUUUUCUCCAUUCGAGGAGCAAUUCGCCAAACGGCAAAUUCGGGUUCCACCUCGUGACAUACAACGGCGACCUGCCUCAGGAGAAUGGUUACACUGACACAUGGGAGGAAUUCUUCACGAUCGGAUUUAGGCACAUGAUAAAUAUGAGCAUAGAACGUGGUGGGCCGUGGCCUGGGCUGGAAGGCCUAGACACUGCUAUGAUUGACAAAGUGAUCCCCCGCUUGUUAAGGCCAAUGGAAACAGGAGGGCGGUCCAUCAAGCCAUCCCUCGUCCAUGGAGACCUGUGGUGCGGAAAUGUCGCAGUCGAUUCAGCCACAGGGCGGCCGCUGAUAUAUGAUCCUGCGAGCUUUUAUGCACACAAUGAGUACGAAUUGGGCAAUUGGCGUCCUGAGCGAAAUGGGUUUGACAGAAGCUUCUUUGAUGCCUAUCAUGCAAUUAUUCCAAAGACUGCCCCAAUAGAAGACUAUGAUGACAGGAUUGCAUUAUAUUCAAUGCGCUUUAAUCUACAAGCCGCGGCCCUCUUCCCCGAGGAUACUAGCUUUCGAAACUCGGUAGUUGAAGAAAUAAGACAUUUGGUUGCAAAGUACCCGGGAGGCUACGAGGAGUAUGCCAGGAUGCUCUGUGACAGCAUCUAA